AUGGCAAUGCCAUCGGGGAACGUGGUAAUUCCGGAUAAAAUGCAGUAUCCAAGUGGUGGUGCGGUUGGGCCGGCCGGGGGAGGAGCAGCCGGCAGUGGGGUUGGGUGGUAUCCAGACGAAAGAGAUGGGUUCAUUUCGUGGUUGAGAGGGGAAUUUGCUGCUGCCAAUGCGAUUAUUGAUUCGUUAUGUCAUCAUUUGAAGAGUGUUGGCGAACCUGGGGAAUAUGAUGGGGUUAUAGGAUCCAUACAGCAGAGGAGGUGUAAUUGGAACCCUGUCCUUCAUAUGCAGCAAUACUUUUCGGUGGCUGAGGUGUUUAACGCCUUGCAACAGGUGACAUGGAGGCGGCAACAGCAACAUCGUGGUGGUGGGUUUUAUGAUCCGAUGAAGGUUGUGGGACCGGGGAAGGAUUAUAAGAGAUCUGGUGGUGCUGGGUCUAGGCAGGGCCAGGGGCAUAGGGUUGAAAUUGCUGUGAAGGAUGGUCAUAGUUCUACUGUAGAUUUCAAUAGUCCCGGAAAUGUUGCAAAUGGGUCUGGCAAUUUGGUGGGGAAUGAAGUUCCCAUAUCUGAUGACAAAGAUGUUGCACUCACCAAGUGUAGUGAUGGUUUAAGCACAAAAUCUCAAGUAGACGACAAUGGUAAGAGCCUGGACUCACAUUCAACAUUGUCGGAGAGUUUAGCAUAUGAGACAAAGGAGGCUGAGGAUAAUCCAAACUUAAAAGGAUGUACUAAUGAGCAUUCGAAGAAUGGAUUAUUUUCUACGCAUAAUGCACAACAGAAGCCGGAUACUUUAGCAGUUGCAAAAACUUUUGUUGGUACUGAGAUAUUGGAUGGAAAAGCGGUUAAUGUUGUUGAUGGAAUGAAAAUGUAUGAAGAGUUAUUUGAUGAGUCUGGAGUUAGGAAAAUGGUUAGCUUGGUAAAUGAUUUGAGGGCUGCUGGAAGACGGGGACAAUUUCAAGGACAGACAUUUAUUGUCUCAAAGAGACCCAUGAAAGGUCAUGGAAGAGAGAUGAUUCAAUUGGGCUUGCCCAUUGCGGAUGCACCUUUUGACGAUGAAAUCAUCGAUCGGAAAAUAGAACCAAUUCCAAGUUUAUUUCAAGAAUUCAUUGAACGAUUAAUGGCCAUGCAAUUUCUGUCAGUGAAGCCAGACUCCUGCAUUAUCGAUAUUUAUAAUGAGGGUGACCACUCGCAGCCCCAUAUGUGGCCAUAUUGGUUUGGAAGGCCCAUAUGUGUUUUGUUCUUGACAGAAUGUGACAUGACUUUUGGUAGCGUAAUAGGAGCGGACCAUCCUGGGGAUUACAGAGGCUCUAUUAAGCUUUCUCUCGCUCCUGGAUCUAUGCUAGUUAUGGAAGGAAAAUCUGUAGAUUUUGCUAAGCACGCGAUUCCCUCACUCCGAAAACAACGAAUACUUGUAACUUUGACGAAGUCACAACCAAAGAGAACCAUGCUUUCUGAUCGUCAGCGUUCUCCAGCUCCGGUAGCACCGGCUACCCAUUGGGCCCCGCCUCCUACUAGGUCCCCGAACCACAUUCCCAAUCCUAUGGGACCCAAGCACUAUGUCCAAGUCCCAACAACCGGUGUUCUGCCAGCUGCGGCUGUCCGUCCUCCGCUACCACCACCAAAUGGCAUCCAGCCUAUUUUUGUUCCUUCAGCAGUUGCACCGCCAAUGACUUUUCCGGCAGCUUCCAUGGGUCUGCCACCACCUGCCUCUGCAGGAUGGGCAACCACUCCUCUGAGGCAGCAUGCUCCACCUCGCUUACCAGUACCUGGCACCGGAGUCUUCCUUCCUCCAGGUUCAGGCAAUUGUACAUCCAUAGAACCCUCUAAUGAUGCUGCAACGUGUGAUGAUGAGAAUAGCACAUCCCCAAAAGAGAAAGUGGAUGCAGAAACACAAGAAGAUUGCAAAGGAAGUUUGGAUGAAAAUGGUGGUAAGACAGCAGCAGGAGAGCAGAAACAGAAACAGAAUGAUGAUGUAAAGAUGGCAAAUUAAAGCCAGCAGAAUUUUAAAGAAUUCGUCGUUUUGACUGAAAGCUGCAACGGGUUUGAAGCAAAUGUAAAAAGCGGCAAAGCAAAAAGUCUUCGAUAGGUGACACAUUAUGGGCAGAACACAGAGAGGGAAGAGUUAAAAACUUUAGUUGGCUCUGGAAUCCUUAUGCUUUUUUGUUGUCUUACUACAUGAACACAAACUCUUAAUUUAGCUCAAUUUACAAGUAUAUCCAUCUAAGGAGUC